AUGCUAUCUUCAUCAACACUUUCUACUCAAGGUGACCUUCAUAUAGUAUUCUGUGGCCUAAUUAUACACUUAAAUAAUAAUGAACAUCCAGAGGUUAAUACACAGCAUGCUGUAGCCAAUACAAUGAAAACAAAGUUUGUAUCAUAUUGGGUUUUCUUGAAUGAAUUGUCAACAAUUUCAGGCCUUCUUGAUUCACAUAAUAAGCUCUCAACCUAUGAAGUAAAUGAACAUGAGCAAGUGAUUAAUAAACUCUAUAAAGUGUAUGAAAACUAUAAACCAGCUGAAGAAAAUAAAUUACUAUCACCACCUGCUACUAAAUCAACAUGUGAAGAGGUUAGCACCUAA